GAGCUACUUUCCAAUCGCCCUGAGCAAUGAGAUUACGAAGCCUACGAACUAUUGGAGCCCUUAUCGAUUGAUCCUCGGAGACCAGAUUCCCUGUCAACUUGCUCCACCAUUCUUCUGCUUCAUCUUGUUGCCACUGUGAUGGCACUUUCUGCGUCAUAAAUCCUCCUGGGUAUCUGCUGUAAUUUUUUUGUUAACCGUAUUAUGCUCGCUCAUGCCUUUGCCUUCCCAGCAUGAAAUUCGCCAAGGAGCUGGAACAGGAAUUAGUUCCAGAAUGGCGAGCUAAAUAUCUCGACUACAAGACCGGCAAAAAGAAAGUCAAAGCCAUCUCGCGCGCCCUACAGAAAGCCAAUCGCAGCCCUAGCCAUCCGUCCAUCCGCAAUUUCUCCUACCCCCAACAUGACCAGUCCGAUCGCCUGCUGAGUUCGGAUCCGCGCUCGUCGUUUCGAAGCGAAAUCCGACACGAUUUGCCCCAGGACACCCUCCAGGUUCCCUCCACGCCGGUGCGAAGUAAUGGCUUGACACCACGCUCAACGUCGGCGCGCAGUGAACGUCAGCCCCUCCGGGCCCCUGGAUCGCGCUUCUCGGGCGUGGUCGGCACGUAUGGCAGUAUUGUCGCCACACCGCCAUCACAGCAGGCUGCUUCGUCGGAUGUGGCCUCGCUGCGGUUGCCGGAUCCAGCAAUCGAUCCUAAGGAGGUUGAGUUCUCGUCGCCAGAAAGAGAGGAUGAUACAGACGACCACCGUCCCGAAAGCCCGUCUCCGAUUUUAUCGCGAUACGAUAGCUUGCGACCAGCUACGCCUGCCAGAUCGCGCCGGAGCCCCUCGACGCCACAACCCGCUGCCGGUGGUAUAAAGGAUUAUAAGAGGAACACGGGUGCAGGCCCGUCGAACCGUAGAGGCUCCCUACUGCAGCGGGUGCUGUCUUACCAGGAUUGGAAUGCCCCCGAGAAGCGCGACACCACUGAUACGUCGACAUCGGAGAUUGCCAAGCGGCAGGAUGAGUUCUUCGCUUUCCUUGAUGGCGAGCUAGCCAAGAUAGAUUCGUUCUAUCAGAUGAAAGAACAAGAAGCGGCGGAGCGUUUGAAGGUGCUCCGAAGCCAGCUGCAUAUCAUGCGGGACCAGCGCACCCAAGAAGUGCUUGGGAAAACGAAAAGCGGUGGAAUCAAGAAGGACAACGCGCAGGCAAACGGCUUUGGCGGAUUCGCCAAAAUCAAGGAUGCUUUCCCGGGACGUCAUUUUGGGAAAAAUUCGAAGGCCCUGGCAGAGUUGGCAACCCCGGUCGGACAAGCGCAAGACCUACCGAACACCAUCACGCGGAGAGAUUUCGCACGACGGCCGGAAGAGUCCAACAACGCCGAGGUUCCGUAUCGCUCCGCCAAGAGAAAGCUUAAACAUGCGCUUCAAGAAUUCUAUCGUGGCGUGGAGUUGUUGAAGGCAUACGCCUAUUUGAACCGGACCGCUUUCCGGAAAAUUAACAAGAAAUAUGACAAGGUUGUCAAUGCGCACCCCCCGAUGCGAUACCUCUCUGAGAAGGUCAAUAAGGCGUGGUUCGUUCAGAGUGAGGUUACGGAGCAUUUGUUGUCGGCGGCAGAGGACCUCUACGCACGUUAUUUUGAGCGCGGGAACCGCAAGAUUGCCGCCUCGAAGCUGCGCCAUACAGUCAACAAGGCUGGAGACUACUCGCCGAACACAUUCCGUUCUGGUCUCCUGUUGAUGGCUGGCAUCCUGUUUGCAGCCCAGGCAUUGGUUUAUGCUAGCCGUAACUUGGAUAAUGACGAUUCCGACGUGAAGCUAAAUACAAGCUACUUGCUCCAGAUCUACGGUGGUUAUUUCCUCAUCGUUCUGCAUUUUCUCCUAUUCUGCUUGGACUGCAUGGUCUGGACGAAGGCCAAGAUAAACUACGUCUUCGUUUUCGAGUUCGACACCAGACACGCAUUAGACUGGCGGCAGUUAACUGAGGUCAGAACUUCUAUCUCGUCAUGUGGAUUGCCUGAUAUUGACGCGACUGCAGUUACCGAGUUUCUUCUUGUUCAUACUAGGUCUCUUCAUGUGGCUGAACUUCAUGAUGAUCAACGACGCAUAUAUCUAUUGGCCUGUCGUUCUGAUAGGUGUGACGGUGAUAGUUCUGUUCUUGCCAGUGCGCACAUUAUACCACCACAGUCGAAAGUGGUGGGCAUAUUCCAAUUGGCGACUUUUGUUGGCUGGUUUAUACCCCGUCGAAUUUCGUGACUUCUUUCUCGGUGAUAUGUACUGCUCGCAGACGUACGCCAUGGGCGUGAGUAUCACUCUAUUGUUGCACGAACUCUGGCAGUGGUUGUUGAUCGAUCUUAGAAUAUUGAAUUGUUCUUCUGUCUCUAUGCGAAACACUGGAGU